GCCCAACAAAGAUGCUUUACUUUCUUACUUUCAGACCAUCUCUUUCAUAAACAAAAUUACUUUGCUUUCUUUUCUCUAGUGCUCUCUUCAUUCUCUUCUUCUUCUUCUUCUUCUUCUUCUUCUUCAGGAUUUGUGAGGUCUCUGAGACAUGGCUGGCUCAUCCGAGAACAGCAGCCAUUCGAGCUUUCCUAGUGCCGUCCUUAACGAGCGCAUUCUGUCGUCCAUGACCCAUAAGUCUGUUGCUGCUCAUCCAUGGCAUGAUUUGGAAAUCGGCCCUGGUGCUCCUUCUGUUUUCAACUGUGUCAUCGAAAUUAGCAAAGGCAGCAAGGUUAAGUAUGAACUCGACAAGGCGAGCGGUCUCAUCAAGAUCGAUCGUGUUCUUUACUCUUCGGUCGUGUACCCGCAUAACUACGGCUUCAUCCCUCGGACCAUAUGUGAAGAUGGUGAUCCCAUGGAUGUGCUUGUAUUGAUGCAGGAGCCUGUGCUGCCUGGUUGUUUUCUUCGUGCUCGAGCUAUCGGAUUAAUGCCGAUGAUCGAUCAGGGCGAGAAAGACGACAAAAUUAUAGCCGUCUGUGCUGAUGACCCAGAGUUCCGCCAUUACAAGGACAUCAAAGACCUUGCACCGCAUCGCCUUGCAGAAAUCCGUCGCUUCUUUGAAGAUUAUAAGAAGAACGAAAACAAAGAAGUUGCAGUCAAUGACUUCCUUCCAGCUGAGGAUGCCGUCAAAGCAAUCAAAUAUUCGAUGGAUCUUUACGCCGCCUACAUUGUCGAGGGCUUGAGGCAGUAAUUCAGCCUCAUCAAAAUAUUGCUUGCUAGUACUUGCAUUUAGCCCUCUAUGAAAAACAUGCCCUCAAAUGGGUUAUCACCUGCUAUUUUCUAUCCAUCUAUGUACUGAAGAUCGAACAUAUCAGUUACUACAUACAUUUCUAAUCAUAUCUGAACGGA